AUUAGUUUGCAAAAACAACGCCAAAUGUCGUAAACUGUUCCUUUAUUGAAAAGUAUUGCAUUUGGUUGCAGAUAAAGAUGAUGAAGAGCGCGAAGAACGCAUGUCGGACUUGUAUGGACGAGACCGCCAUCCUGGUAGAUAUAUUCACCCAUGUGCGGGAUCCUGCGCUCGACGAGUCGGAGAUGAGCCUCUCGCACAUUCUGGCCAGGUGCACCGACCGCCCAGUGAAACGCGGCGACCCCCUGCCGCAGUACAUCUGCUUGCCCUGCGUCCUGGCCGUCCAGAAUGCUUUCCGCUUCAAGUGGAAGAGCGAGCAGAGCUACCAACACUUUUUCCGCCUCCUUAACCAGUCGAGUAGUCCGGAAGGCCGUUUGCAUUCAAUUGCUUCUCAUCAGGAUGAGAAUCAAACCCAGAAAAUGCAGCUCAAAAGCGGUCGUCAAGAGGACUUGCAGCAAGUGUCCAAAACGCAGAAGUCUGAAGAUGAUUUAGGUCAAAAACAUACACUUCAAGCGAAGCUCCAAGAGAACCAUGACGAUGGUCCACCGCAGACUUUUAACCCGCAUCCUCGCUGGCGGACUUGUCGCACUGAAGCGACCGGAGACAGGAUCCCAAAGGAAGCUCCAAGAAGUACCAAAAUAAUUAAUCCACAGGUGCGUUGCAAUGCCAAUGGCUACUACAAGUGCCCGCAUUGCUCUAAGAGGUUUAAUUCUCAGACCCAGCUAUGGACUCACAUCAGUGAUCUGUGCAACAGGUGCCCCUACUGCCCACGCUCUUAUAAGCAAAAGUCGAACCUAAAGCGGCACUUGCAAAACCACGUAGGCAAGCCAGCGCACAAGUGUUUCCACUGCUCGAAGGCUUUCAUGCGAAAAGAUCACCUUAAAAAGCACCUUAGCACCCACGACAGAGACGGUCCGCUCUCCUGCACCCAGUGCUCAGCGGUAUUCAUCGAGUAUGUUCAGCUGGAAAUCCAUCGCAGAGAGCAUCUACUACAGGCAAGCUCUAUACAAUCCGAGUCCACAAAGAAACCUGACUCGAAGGACAGCGAUCAAGCGCAGGAUCUGAAACCAAACUGCACUGAGAACAGCUUGAAAGGCAUGUCUAGCAGUCCGACUACGCUUAAUCCGAAACCAAGAUGCCAUAUUUGCCUAAAGAAGUUCUAUAGUAUCUACAACCUGAAACGGCAUAUGCUCACUCACAAUCUGUUUCGUUGCGAAUAUUGCUCAUUGGUAUUUGUAGAUGUUGACUACUUGCGAAAGCACAAAACCCGCAUUCACAGCAACAACUUAACGAUUCAAGAGAAGAUCAUGUCCAAACGGAUGGCUAGUGGUAUUACUCCUGGAAAACAGCCAUUGAAAGCAGCACAUUAA